ACUCAUCUCAUGGAGCCAGUAGGACAUCUCUUAUUGACGAGGCCCAAGUCAUGAUGACCACGGGCACCUCAGUUAAAGCUACCAAGCUUGACUGGCCCUGUUCUAGAAGGUUCUACCUAUUUACUCAGUCAUAGUAAAUGCCUGGAAGUAAGGCCUAGUGCUAGCAUUCCAAAUGAGAUUUAUUUCCCCAUCUUUGGGUGGUGGAGAGGAGGGCGAUAUUAAUGUACAUACGUGAAUGUGUGCGCAUGCCAACAGGCGAACAAACGUGAAGCAGGCAGUGAGAGACUGAGAGAACUCAUGUUCAGGUUUCCCCAGAGCUAAGAAUAAAGUGGGUGACACACCCGUCCUAUCUGAAGGCUCGGUUCACUGGUGUGAUAACACAUGUGAAGGAGUGGGGCGGAGGGGUCGUGGCAAGUCCCUCACGCUCUGGAACAUCCCAUUUCCCUUCCAUAGACAAGUUGAAGGGCAGACAUCUGAAGCGAAGAGCCUCAGCGAGUGCAAGUUGCUUGUUAAGGAACCUCAUGUUCUUGUGGGGGGCUCCAUGCGCAGUUUAGAGCCCUGGUCAUUGCUCCACAAGAAUAGGAGGGAAGCUUCCAGUUUGAUAACCUUGCCCUUUAACUUGGAAGAGGGCUGUAAAAGACAGAAGGGGACACAUUUCAGCAAGGUGGGAGCUGCACUGUGGACAAGCCAUGACAUUGGCCAUCCUGAAACAAAGGCUCACUGAGGAGAAACUCACAAGUGAAACUGCUGAAUAGAAACUUAGCAAAAAGGUCUGCUCUUUAAAUUUGGGUUGGAAUAGAAACAAUGGAUUCCACUAUAGGUGUUAAUUUAUUCAGCUACAAUAAGACAAUUUUGUUCUCACCAAUUACUGCUGCUGUGGUAAUUUUCCAUAUAUUUUUAUUCUAACUCAAUUGCCAGAGACUGUUUACUUUCUGCAUUCCAUUUCCAUUUAACUCUUUUACAUUUGGUUACAUUUCCCCGCUUUGCAUGUGUGUGUCUGACAACCGAGGUUCAUACUCCAUGCAUCUGGGCUCUAGUCAGUGAAAGUUGAUGCCAUUAUAAACAAGUUGCCAGUUUAUAAGGUGCCACAAAAGUCUUUUACGUCCCCAAAGCGACUUGAGCAAGGGGGAAAGGCCUGGCAGAAAUACUUCCUGACAACAAAAACUGGAACAUAGUGAAGGAAAGCCAAUUAAAAUGAAGAAAGCAACCUGUGACCCUGGUCCUACAAAUCUCUUUGCAGACUAAAUAGGUCUGCAAAAGAACACUGAGGGUUUGGCGACACUACUUUGCGUUGGGGCCCUGAGUAAGAAAUACAUAUUUUAAUGGAAUCUGGAGCAAGUCACAUUAAUUUCCCCCUCAAGCUGGCAAAGGGGUGUCUUCCCCUCUUAACUGUCUUUUCCUCUUUAACGACAUUCUAGGUUGUAACUUGAGAAGUUGGAAGGAUGCAGGAGAAAGUUUAACUCGGCCUAGUUGCCCCCGCCUCCUUCUCCACCCUCAGUACAAACAGCAUCCACGCCACGUCACCCAGUGCCUGUGCUGGGACUGCAAAGCUUUGGCUGUGAUGUUCUUCCACUCCUCUGUCAGAGGGAGCAGAACGACUUAGGAGGAGAGCCAGCGAACCAAAGACUUCCCUACAGACAAAGUGAUCAAGAGGGAAAAGCAGAAGCGCACCAAAAGUUCAAAUUCUAAGCUCAUUGCAGAAUCCUGGUGAAGACAAAGAUAGGCAGUGUGAGUGUAAUCCUUCCAAGAGAGGGAAAGGCUUAGCAGAGUAUUCAAUUGGAACAGAAAGGAAUCAUUUGGCUGCUGAAGAAAAAGGAAGAGAAACACCCUUUAUCCAAGUGAGGAACCAGAAAGCAUCUACUAAGAAAAGCAAAGAGGCCUGCUGUAGGGCCACAAUCCUUAUCGGGAUAUUAAACUAGCUGGUUUUCCUUCAGGACUCUCUGGGACAUUCUUUGGCCAGCAUGAACAUAUUUCGGAUCCUGGGUGAUGUCUCUCACCUGUUAGCCAUGAUCAUGUUGCUGGGGAAGAUCUGGAGAUCAAAGUCAUGCGCUGGUAAGUUCUUGUUCUCUCUUCCCUCUUCAUCCCGUUGACAAGGUGCUGGUGCAGAAACAAUGCAGAAGGAAAAGAAGGGAGCAGACAAAGCUUCUGGGAGUAACUUGUCACCAGAGCACAAACUGCCCCAGAGAGUGAGGAUUUGGGUUUGGCCUCAGCCUGCGUGGAUCACGCAUCUUUUCCUAAGGUGUGUUCACAUUAUCAUUUUCAAGCACAGUGAAUUUGUUAUCUCACCCCUGCAUUUCACAACUCUUUCCCCUCUAGCUGUUCAGAUCAGCACGACUUCAAUAGUGUCAGAUUUGUUGGUGUACACACCAGGGAGCACGGAUGGGGCACCCUAUGCAAAGGUGCUCACACAUUUGCUAGAGAUAAAUUAGGAAUGGCUUAAGGACUCAAAUUGGACUGAGUAAUAGCACAUCCAACAGUAGUAUUUUGCAAGGAAGUAUGGAAUGCAUAUGCAUUUUGGGGAACUGCUGUGUGAACACAGAUUUAAAAAACAGCACUGGAAACACUGUGAGUGCACAGUAAGUGGGAGUAUGACCACUUGCCUAAGAAGCUGGAUGUUUUAAGUCUUUCCCAGUAGUUUUGUAGGACAAUGCAGCAUAAAUGAAUUAACAUGGAAUAUUGAUAGGAAAUAAGAGAACCAGCUAUUAAAGCAAAUAGCACUUGAUAACUCACUGAGGUCAACACUUUCCCCAUGUCUCAUGCUAGACACCUGUCCAUUGUAUUGACAGGCAACCCUGCCUAGAUGAGGUCAUUUCAAUGUCACGUAGAGAUGCUCCUACAAUAUCUCUUUAUGCAAUUUUCAGUCACCAUUGUUUUCUGCAAAUUUUGAGAUUUGUAGCCACUUGUGUGGGUUCCUUCUGGGCCUUCUCGCCAACUAAAACACGUUUUGUAAACCUGAGCAAACUAAAUGCCUUGGGGUGUGUGUUUGUGAGUAAGACAGGAAUCCUUCCGCAUUUCAGACAGAAUAUUUCCCCAGGGCAGAAGGGUGGGGGUGAGGGCUGGGAAGCACAAUACAGCUGGGGAAACCUCUGCCAAGGAUUUAAGUAAACUGGUAAAGAACAAAGGAACCUGAUCGACAGGGAACAGAGAAAUGGAUUGCCCAGGACAAUGACUAGUCCUUUCACUCCCACACAGCACUCUUAAGUAAGUCUGCAAUCCUAUGGAUAUUUACUUCGAGGUAAGCAUAGGAUACUUUUGAAAAAACGUAUAUAGGACUGUGCUGUGCGGAACUGAAAAUGUGAAACAGCACUGCAUGAAAUGCAGAAAAACCAAAAGUGCCGUUUAGGAGGUGCAUUUAUGAACCCUCACCCAUGUCUCCUAUAUAUCUAAUCUCCCAAGUUCUGGUGUUAAAAAGCAGCCACAACAAAUGGUCUUCAUAUACACUGCUUGUUCUCAAUUUAAUCUUGAUUGUGAACUACAACGGGCCUUUUAAUCUUCUUCCCCCACCACCUCAAAGCCUGACUGUGUUCAUAGAGAAAGUUUUUGAGUCCCAGAGUGUAUGCUGCUAACUCCUUUUACUUUCUUGAUUUCCCCUCUCCCCACUCCUCUUCUGCGGCAGUAUUUCCAUGGCCUCUUGUUAAAACUUCUCCUUCCAUUCCUAGUUUCCUCCUUUCAAGCCCUUCCCACUCCAUUAAACUCCCCCUCCCCCUUACGCUCUUUGUGGGUGGAAUCAAGAUUUGUUUAAGAAGGAGUAGUGUUGUGAUGUGGCAGUUGAAGUGGUAUAGGCAUAUCACAGUCCCUGGUGUGGUGUAUGUCUCCAUUGACAUAUAUCUUAGGGUAUAGAGACUGUUUAAGUUUGUAGCAGGAGGAGGAAUGAACUUGUGGAAUUGAGUUUCAUUCUGUACGUUCAGCAUAAUUUCUGUGCUUCCUGCCUUUUUGCACUAUCCCAUUGAGGCUGAAAAACAAGACGUAUAGGAGCAUCACUGUAAAAGGAAACUGCAGGGCCACGUCUUGCGUUGCUGAUUAAACAGUGAGACAGGAAUACUUGUCUUUGGUCUCUUUCACCUGAAGAUGCCGAUGACUGUUAAAUGUUUGCAACUGCCCACAACAUUUAUCCAAUAAACAGCAUAAUUUUACUUUCUCGUUUUACUUCCUUGAAAGAAAUAAUGACAGAGGAGUGGAAAACUUUUGCUGAGUAGAGGGGAAUUAACUGUGCACAGUUGAAAACGCUGGCAGCAUUAAGAUAAAUUCAACAGUUUAAUAUUUGAGUGAUGUAAGGAUGGGAAAAGUGACUUAAAAUGGUUAUAGUAAAAUAUGCAGGAAUGAUAGACAACUAAAAUGAACCAUGGAAGGGGAAGGAGGGAAGUCAUUGAUUAUAUGAUAUUGUGCAAAAUGUUUAUUUUGAGAUGUUAAACUAUUCAAAAAAAGAAAAGGAAAGAAUUAUAGGCAGCUCUUUUGUGUUGCAAAAAACAAUGAAGAGUCUUCAGCACCUCAAAGCAGGGAUGGGCAGCCUUUUUUCUACUAAAGUCCACCUUACCUCAGGACCCUUUAAGCCGACAUCUUUUUCGUUGGAUAUUCAUGCUGAUUUGUGUUCAUGAUGGUAUUGGGGCAUUUAUACGCAGCUGUGCUUUGAAUACUGUUUGUGUCUUCCAAAGUUUUGGGGUGGACACAGUACUUCGUUUCCAAUCAGUGCAUCACCCAUACAUAGACAGCUUCACACCAUGGCAGUUGUGUCUGGCUUUCGUUGUGCUAUAGUGCAAGAUGGCAAUAAUGCCACCAACCUGUAAACCAACGAUGGCUCCCUAAUCUACUUUUCUAGCUUUGAUCUUCCAAUCUGUUUAAUCUCGUUUCUCUGCAUUCGGGAACUUGUUGCACUCUCAACACAGAAGAGGCUGCCCCAGUGAAUAUUGCCAUUUGAACUGUUCAAGGUCGAUCAGUAUGGAAAGUGUUGAGGGCAGCAAAAUGACUGAGCAAGGAUUGAGAAUGGUCUCUUAGUUUGGCAAGAUACAUUGAUGGGAGCAGUUUGAAUAAAUCCAAAUUUUUGUGGGGGGGGGGGGAGACAGCCAUGCUGGCCCAAAUUGCAAAUACCCCUACCUCAAGUGACAUGCCACAUGUGUAGCAUGGAAAAACCAAGCACUUACAAUUGCACACAAUGCAAUAUUUGUCUUUUUGGCUGGGUGGGAAGAGGGUGAUCUGAAAGCAUGGGAUACAUCAGUCCCUUGUCAUGGUCAGAGGACUUCUUGUUGAGCUUUAGGCUUUCAGGACCUUUCCCCCUCUGCAGAGAAGGGGAGACCUUUUAGGAUGGUCUGCCCUUGGAGGUUGAUGGAUCCAAGUGGAUUCCAGAUGGUGGGGGGCAGGUUGGCUGUUAUGACUGGCACUCCUGUUAAAUAUCUGGAUGGCUUGGGCCAUUGACACAAUAGCUCCCGAGUGCUUCGUGGAGCCUGUUUGGCUCUGUGGUAUACUACUGAACAUAGGGCAAAGAAGCAAUAUGGGAGAUGGCUUGAACACAAGUGGAGGGAAACUCCAGACAAAGACAACUGAACACUGGUCAGUGCACAUUUUUUUAGCUUACUCAGUGGCAGAGAAGGCGGGUAAUAAGACAUACUUGCUACCUCCACUUCAUCCUCACUAUGCUAUCUGGCAGAGCUUUUCUGGUUACUGUGGGGCCUUUUGCAGACUGGCGCCAAAGAGGCAGUAGAACCUAUGGUAGCUCGCUGUGACUUGUUUGCCAAGCAUUUUGAGGAUAAAACUACUUUCCUCCGUCAGCACCUUAACUCUGCUGCUAUAGCAGAAUCUUGAGAGAGGUCCAGAACAUUGUCGAAAACAUUCCUCUUUAUCCAGGCCUUUGACCAUUAGGUAAUCUAUGGCUUGUUAAAGGUGUGGGAGGGGACUGUUGUUGCUGUGCAUUGUCGUUUCUAUUGUGCUGCACAAAUUAUGUUCUUAAUGUCAUACACUGCCCUAGGAUCUUUGGCUAAAGGGUGGUAUAUAUGGUAAAUUUAAUAAAUAAUACUAGUGUGUUCGCUAGCAGCGCUAGGGCUGAGAGGGUUAGCAGCAGCAGUCUGUGAAUCUUGCUCUGGCUUCCUCACUUUCCUCCCUGCUGCCCCCCCUCCCACUUUGCUGCCUUUCUUUGAGCUCUACGUAAGGGAAUAUUGUAGAGAAAAACCUACAAACAAAAUCCAGAUGGUAGCCAUGUUAGUCCCUUACAGAAAAAAAGUGUCUUGUGGCAUCUUAAACGGUAACAGGCUUCUUGUGGCCUCCAGCUGUACAAUAAAUCUGUUAGUUUUCAAAGUACCAUAAGGAUAUUUUUGUGUUUCCAUGAACAAAAACUGCUGCCACACCCCCUUGUUUUCUUUUCAUUACCAUUUAUUUUCUACACUCAUUUUGUUAUUUGCCUGAAGUUUCCAGACAAUAUACUGUAGGUCAACUUGUCUUUCAGAAAAGAGAGGCAACACUGCUCACAUCCACACCACACAUUUAAAGCACAUGGCUUCCCCCAAAGAAUCCUGUAGUCUACCCCUAUAAUUGUUAACAUCCUUAACAAACCACUGUGUUUAUGCUGCUUUUCUGUGUUGGGCAUCAAUACAAUGAUGGUGCGUGGGUUAUCUUUCUUCCCACCCUGGAUCCUGGGAAGUCAUCCACAGGUUCUCCAGUUCACUUGGCAGUGGAGCUGGCUUGAGUGUUGAAGCUGAAACAGCACCCUUUUGUUCUCUGACUGUGCCUCUUCACUUGGCAGAAGGGUGAUCCUCUCCAGGCUGUGUUUGUGCUGCCAGAGGAUUCAAGUCCGCCUCUGUGGGGAACUCUGAAGUUUGUGGCUUGUGGGGUUAGUUGCUACCUUCCUUACCCAACUAAGGACUUUGCUUAUUUAUUAUGCCAGUGCCAAAGGCCCAGGCAUUUCUCCCGGCUUCUUUAUUUUCAUCAUCUGCUCAUUUAAUUUCCUUUUUUGGCCCUCAGGUAUCUCGGGAAAGAGCCAGAUCCUUUUUGCACUUGUCUUCACAAGCCGUUACCUUGACCUGGUCACAAACUUCAUCUCCAUCUAUAAUACUGUCAUGAAGGUAAGGGCAAGAGUUCAAGUGCUCUCCAUCUAGUCAGUCUGAGAUAGGAACAAUUCUGGUAUGUCCUGAUUUAUAACUUUUAAAAAGGGCCAUUUUCAGUGGAGGUAGAGGGUUUUCUAUUAACAUUUUUCUGAAAGAAUUUCAAUUACAGUGGUACCUCGGGUUAAGAACUUAAUUCAUUCUGGAGGUCUGUUCUUAACCUGAAGCACCACUUUAGCUAAUGGGGCCUCUUGCUGCUGCCGCGCCGCCGGAGCACGAUUUCUGUUCUUAUCCUGAAGCAAAGUUCUUAACCCAAGGUAAUAUUUCUGGGUUGUCAGAGUCUGUAACCUGAAGCGUAUGUAACCCGAGGUACCACUGUAUAAAGAAAAAAAGUGAUACAAUCACUCAGCACCUUGCUUCAUUGAGAUUGAACAAGGCAGUCCAUUCCCAUCCCAAAGCCACAAUGAACUGGUUUACGAACGGAGAGCAACAGUGCUCAGGGCUCUAAUAGAAUAGUGCCAGUGCACACUAGGUUUUUGUUGUACUGGGGAGGGAAAGCAGACUGUGUCAGAGAAAGACGACAUUUUAAAUAUGUGCAGUGCAGCCAAGCCUCUUCCCUGUUUCCCCAUUGCUUAAUCUAGAGCAGAGUGGUAAUGACCCAGUGAGUCUGAUUGGAACAAGGUGCACCAAUUCUGAGGCUUGUAAAGCCACUCUUACAGCAGGUUAAGCAAGGGUGGCUAGGGAAGAACAAGAGAUGUAGUUAAUGGGCUGUGUGUGUGUGUGUGUGUGUGUGUGUGUGUGUGUGCGCAUGCAUAAAAAAUACAUGCUGCUGCUUAUCAUCUUAAGAGUGCAUUAAAGGUGCCAAACCAGAGUACCUUAGGCGAAAUAUAAGGUAAUGACAACAAAUUGAAUCUUGUCUGCAAUCAGCCAAAGAACAGCCAGCAAACACUUAGGUUAGUGGGUUCUAGCAAAGACAUGGCUCUAAAAGUUUGAGCAGACCAAUCAGAUUUCCACUAUGAGAAAGUAAGUUGAUUUUUGUAUUCCUCUGCAGGUUGUUUUCUUAAGUUGUGCCUACUUUACCGUGUACCUGAUCUAUGGGAAAUUCCGGAAAACCUUUGAUAGUGAGAAUGACUCUUUCCGCCUCGAAUUCCUUUUAGUUCCAGUUACAGGCCUGUCAUUUUUAGAAAACCACAGUUUCACCCCAUUAGAGGUAAGAAAGCCAUUCAUAUUAAGUGGAAGAAGGUAGUAAUUGCAUCAAGUUUCCUUGAACCUUUGGUGUCUGGAACUGAACUUUCUUUUGCCCAAUGAUGAAAGGUAAAGGUGGCCAAAAAUAAAAUUGUCAUGUUUUUCUCUGGACUGAUUCAUGCAUUACUAACAUUUAACGUGGACUUCCCUUUAUUCUUUCCUUAGAUUCUCUGGACUUUCUCAAUUUACCUGGAAUCAGUGGCUAUCCUCCCACAACUUUUCAUGAUUAGCAAAACAGGUGAAGCUGAAACUAUCACAACACACUACCUUUUCUUCUUGGGCCUCUAUCGCGCUCUCUACCUUGCAAACUGGAUCUGGCGCUACCACACAGAGAACUUCUACGAUCAAAUUGCUGUGGUGUCUGGAGUAGUACAGACCAUCUUCUACUGCGACUUUUUUUACCUCUAUGUCACGAAAGGUAAGGAUCACAUAAUGCUGGCUAGUCAGUGGCUGAAACCGACCACAGUUGUGGCAGAGAUUAGGCAGGUCAGCUAUAGCUCUGCUCUCCCCACACCCCCCUUUCCACAGAACCUGUUGGCUUUUCUUUUCCACCCCAAACAUUUAACAGUGGUUAUCUGAAAGACCACCUGAUCCUGUACAGAUGGGCAAGAGCACCUAGGUCAUAUAGGAAAAUUCUGAUUGCGGUACUGCUGCUUGCAGAGUAUCAUGGGACAGUGAGCUGAAAAUUGGCGUUCAAAAAUGCAGCUUUGCACAUUCUCCAGCAGGAGGGCCCCCAGCAGUAAAAAACUCUCAGAAUUAAGCAGCAGUGUACGCCAUUUGUAAAGCAUCAGCCAUCGGCUACUUUCCAAAAUCUUGAAAAGACUUCCCUCCAUGACCCAUAAGAGAGGGCCAUUUUAUGUGUUUGAAGCCUCUGAAUUUUUUUUACAUGUUUUUUUUUCUGCUUUCUGUGUAUUGAGUUAUUUUUAAAAAAUACUAUUUUUAUAUUGUAUACUGCUUAAGAGAUUUUUAAAACGUUGAGUGGCUGAUCAAUGCUUUUAAAUAAAUAAAUUACAUGAAAUAUUAAACACUUAAACCCAACUCAGAAGCUACCAAGCAUAUAAGACAAUUUCUACAUUGCUAUAGGAGUAGCAUGCUCUGCGUGUUAAAGCAGUGCGAGGAAGCCUCUUGAGGGUGGGGAGUCAUCUCAGAUUACCAAUACUGUAAACUAUGCAAAACACUCCAAAAAUUAUUGAGUAUUUUAACGUAGGACUAUUUUAAUUAUCAUUCAGCCUGUUAUUAACUGCUUCACAGGUCAUGAAACUCUAAGGCACUGUGACUGUAACAUGUGCAGGGUUUCUUGCUGCUAUUAGUAACAAAGAUUUGUUGUACACAGGUGACAAGAGUUUAUGGAAUCUCAUCUUAAAGGGGUUGCCUGCAAAACGCUUAUUGCUAUGUUGGGGGGUUUUGUAAUUCACGAGCUUAAAGCACCAUUAAAAAUGGCAGUAUGAAUGCAUUUGGUAGAGGCAAGGUGGCAUUCCUUUCUGUCAGAACAAACAGUUUAAGUCUUAAUUCAUUUUCCCCAUUUAGUAUUAAAAGGCAAGAAGCUGAGCCUCCCAAUGCCUAUCUGAAGACACACACAAGCGAAGCAAGUUCCUGAAGACCCUGCUCCAGGACUGGAGGAUGUCCUCUUCCGCUUUUUUCCCAUAUGGCUCAGCUCGCAUUCAGAGAACUUACCUGCUUCUCUACACUGUGACUAGCAGACUGUGCCCGAGAGAUUUGAGGUCCAGGUGGCUAACACUUUAGGCUUAACACUUUCUAAUUUAGUGUUGGAACAGUAUCUACGUUUUCUUUUGUAUGGGGAUGUUUGUUGGUGUUUGAACUGUGCCUAUAACAAAUAAAAUAGUGUGAAGUAUCUCUUGGUAUAUUUUUCUCACAAUUAUCUCUAUUUCUCUCUCAAAUAUGACUAUCAAAUCUCUUUUCCAGGCUAAACAUUCCCAACUUACUUAACCAUUCCUCAUAAGGCUCUGCUUCCAGACCCUUGAUAAUCUUGGAUACCCUCCUCUGCACACAUUCAGCUUGUCAACAACCCUUUUACAUUGUGGAACCCAGAGGUGGACACAGUACUCCAGGUGGGGUCUGACCAAGGCAAGGUAGAGUGGAACUAUUACUUCCCUUGAUCUGAACACUAUACUUUUGCUGAUGCAGCCUAGAAUAGCAUUAGCCUUUUUGGCUGCUGCAUCACAUUGUUGACCCAUGUCAAGCUUACGGUCCACUAAGACCCCAAGACCUUUUUCACAUGUACUAGUAAAGCCAGGUGUCCCCCAUCUUCUAUUUGUGAAGCUUGUUCUUCCUGCCUAAGUGCAGAAUCUUAUUUGUCCCUCUUGAAAUUCAUUUUGUUAGUUUGGGCCCAGUUCUCCAAUCUGUUACGAUCAUCCUGAAUCCAAAUUUUGUCUUCAGUAGCAUUAGCUGUCCCUCCCAGUUUGGUCUAUCCAGGUCAGUUAUAAAGACCUUGAGCAACAAUGUGGACCCAGGAGAGAACCCUGUGGCACCCACUUGUUUUUUCCACAACGCUGAGGAACCAUUAGUGAGCACCCUUUGGGUUCAGCCAGUCAAUCAGCUACAAAUCCAACGCAGCCUACUAUGGACAUUAAAAUGUUCAUUCCUAUACUUGUUGUAUAGAGAAAUUAGAUAUUUCUUACUGGAAAAAGAGCAUAUGAGGUUCUACCUUUUAAAUGAGAGAGAGGUCAAUCUUUAUUGACAAGUAUUUUUAUUCAUACCUACAAAAGAAAACAAGAUGGUAUCAAAAGGACAAUUUACAAACUAAUAGUAACAUAGCUUUUUAGUAUGCUGUGCCUGAAUACCACAGAGCUAUGAAUCCUUCCAUUCAAGUCUUUGUUAAUACAACAGGAAUGUGUUCAAAUACCAGUAAGGGUUGAAACAGAGCAUUGAUCCAACCCAAAAAGCCUCUAAAGUUUAGAGUUUAAAUCUUUCAACUUAAAGCCCACACAGUAAUUUAUUUGGAAGGGAAGAAGAUGCUGGACUGGCAUUUCGAAAGACGUUUACUGGAGAAACGCUUUGUCAACGGGGCUCUUUAGCUGGUAAGUGGAACCAAGCAGCACCAAGUGGGACAUGGCCAGAACAUACCAGAGCAUUCAAUGGUUGUUAAUAUUCUGCAUGUGCUAACAAGAUAUUCCAUGAUACGUUUCUAAAAUGAACGUUCAUUUCUGAUCUUUUUAGCAUUGAAGCUUACUACUAGACUUCUCAUUUCUCCAGUGUACAAUUACAGAAGUCAAAUGAAGCAUGAGCUAUUUGAACUGGCAAAUUUCCCUCUCACAGUCUGUGCCAAGAACCUACCUGUAUGUUGCGUGCAGACAAAGUUUUAUCGAACCCCGGGCUGUUCUCUACUGAGGAAUACAAAUGUAACAGCCCCUUUUUAAAAAAUAAACAAGCCCCACAUUGCAAUAAAG